UGGGGCCCGUCGCCGCCACACUCGGACUGCUCGUGGGAGGGGCUGUGCGCCCGCCACCCGUCGGGGACCGAAGCUGCUCGGUCCGAGUGCAGGAGCCGAGACCGCGCUACGACCCACGCGGGACAGAGGUCCCUGGAUGAGAAGGAGCUGACGGCAGCCAAGUCCCACCUUCUCCACGUGCUGGGAAGCAGGGCUGCGCCACCCAGGGGGCCCAAUGCCGAAGAACAGCAAGGUGACCCAGCGCGAGCACAGCAAUGAGCACGUCACGGAGUCGGUGGCCGACCUGCUGGCCCUGGAGGAGCCCGUGGACUACAAGCAGAGUGUUUUGAAUGUGGCUGGCGAGGCAGGCGGCAAGCAGAAGGUGGCGGAGGAGGAGCUGGACGCGGAGGACCGGCCGGCCUGGAACAGCAAGCUGCAGUACAUCCUGGCCCAGAUUGGGUUCUCUGUGGGCCUUGGCAACAUCUGGAGGUUCCCUUACCUGUGCCAGAAAAACGGAGGAGGUGCCUACCUGGUGCCCUACCUGGUGCUGCUGAUCAUCAUCGGGAUCCCGCUCUUCUUCCUGGAGCUGGCUGUGGGCCAGAGGAUCCGCCGCGGCAGCAUCGGCGUGUGGCACUAUGUGUGCCCCCGCCUGGGCGGCAUCGGCUUCUCCAGCUGCAUAGUCUGCCUCUUUGUGGGGCUGUACUAUAAUGUGAUCAUCGGGUGGAGCAUCUUCUACUUCUUCAAGUCUUUCCAGUACCCACUGCCCUGGAGUGAGUGCCCUGUCUCCAGGAAUGGGACCGUGGCAGUGGUGGAGGCAGAGUGUGAGAAGAGCUCAGCCACUACCUACUUCUGGUACCGAGAGGCCUUGGACAUCUCCAACUCCAUCUCGGAGAGCGGGGGCCUCAACUGGAAGAUGACUCUGUGCCUCCUCGUGGCCUGGAGCAUCGUGGGCAUGGCUGUUGUCAAGGGCAUCCAGUCCUCGGGGAAGGUGAUGUACUUCAGCUCCCUCUUCCCCUACGUGGUGCUGGCCUGCUUCCUGGUCCGGGGGCUGCUGCUGCGGGGGGCCAUUGACGGCAUCCUACACAUGUUCACUCCCAAGCUGGACAAGAUGUUGGACCCCCAGGUAUGGCGGGAGGCAGCCACACAGGUCUUCUUCGCUCUGGGGCUGGGCUUCGGGGGCGUCAUAGCCUUCUCCAGCUACAACAAGCAGGACAACAACUGCCACUUUGAUGCUGCCCUGGUGUCCUUCAUCAACUUCUUCACCUCGGUGCUGGCCACCCUCGUGGUGUUCGCUGUGCUGGGCUUCAAGGCCAACAUCAUGAACGAGAAGUGUGUGGUCGAGAAUGCUGAGAAAAUCCUGGGGUACCUCAACAACGAUGUCCUGAGCCGGGCCCUCAUCCCUCCCCACGUCAACUUCUCCCACCUCACCACCAAGGACUAUGCAGAGAUGUACAAGGUCAUCAAGACCGUGAAGGAGGACCAUUUCUCAGCCCUGGGCCUCGAUCCCUGCCUUCUGGAGGACGAGCUAGAUAAGUCUGUGCAGGGCACAGGCCUGGCCUUCAUCGCUUUCACCGAGGCCAUGACGCACUUCCCUGCCUCCCCGUUCUGGUCUGUCAUGUUCUUCCUGAUGCUCAUCAACCUGGGCCUGGGCAGUAUGAUCGGCACCAUGGCAGGCAUCACCACACCCAUUAUCGACACUUUCAAGGUGCCCAAGGAGAUGUUCACAGUGGGCUGCUGUGUCUUUGCAUUCUUCGUGGGGCUGUUGUUCGUCCAGCGCUCUGGAAACUAUUUCGUCACCAUGUUUGAUGACUACUCGGCCACCCUGCCGCUCACCGUCAUCGUCAUCCUCGAGAAUGUCGCGGUGGCCUGGAUCUAUGGGACCAAGAAGUUCAUGCAGGAGCUGACGGAGAUGCUGGGCUUCCAGCCCUACCGCUUCUAUUUCUACAUGUGGAAGUUCGUGUCUCCGCUAUGCAUGGCUGUGCUCACCACGGCCAGCAUCAUCCAGCUUGGGGUCACGCCCCCGGGCUACAGCGCCUGGAUCAGGGAGGAGGCUGCCGAGCGCUACCUGUAUUUCCCCAACUGGGCCAUGGCCAUCCUGAUCACGCUCAUUGUCGUGGCCGUCCUGCCCAUCCCUGUGGUGUUCGUCCUGCGGCACUUCCACCUGCUCUCCGACGGCUCCAACACCCUCUCCGUGUCCUACAAGAAGGGCCGCAUGAUGAAGGACAUCUCCAACCUGGAGGAGAACGACGAGACCCGCUUCAUCCUCAGCAAGGUGCCCAGCGAGGCGCCCUCCCCCAUGCCCACUCACCGCUCCUAUCUAGGGCCUGGCAGUACAUCACCCUUGGAGACCAGCGGCAACCCCAAUGGACGCUAUGGAAGUGGCUACCUCCUGGCUGGCACCCCUGAGUCGGAGCUGUGACCACUGCCCUGCCCUGCCCACCUCACCCCCACCCCCAACACACACACACACCCAGCCAGCCCACGUGUUCCCAUCUGGCCUCGCCUUCCAGGCCAGGCCCUCGGCGCAAGGAGUGGGGCUCUGCCCUGUCUCACCCCCCACCCCUGUCCCAGCCGACUUGUGUUCCCUAGAUCUGAGUGGGGCCUGGGAGAAGCUCUGUCCCCCAAGCUAAGCCCCCACCCCAGCUAACCUGAGAUCGUCUUACCAAAUUGCCGCUGAGUAGCUGGAACCACCCAGAAGUCUCGACUCCUGGCACAGGGGAGUCUCCAAGCGGCUGCUCUCGAGUUCAUCCCUCCCUCCCUCUUCUGCUGGUGCCUGCAGCUCUUAGGUCUUGGGACCCUUAGGUCUGUGCUGCCAGGUGGCGGCUGUGGCGAGGGUCAUCGGGAGGGGUUAGGCAGGGUGUCCUGGCCGAGAGGUGCCCAACUGCAGGUUA